GUUGCAAAUACCCAGUGCCGAUUUCCGGCAGCUGGAAAUGUUUGGUUGCGUGCGCGCCAAAGCGCAAAUAGAAAACUGGGCAUCUCUUAAAAGGCGGAAGACGCGUCGUUCAGUCUUGCUGUAUCUCUAGCUCGCCAGAUCAAUAUGCGUUCCUCAGCCCUUCUCACCGUUGCGGUGGCCAACGCCGUCAAUGCAAAGUAUACCUUUGAACCACUCAACCACCUGGCUGGUAUUGCUCCAUACUUUGAGGACCCUCAAUCGGACCCUGCUCCGCCGCAGGGCUGCAAUGUCACUCGUGCCGCCUACCUUGUUCGCCAUGCCGCCAUUUACGCGAACGACUUCGACUACGAAGAGUAUAUUGAGCCAUUCACAGACAAGCUUGGCAACAUGUCCGUCAACUGGAAGGAGGCAGGAGCAUUGGAUUUCCUGCAGAAGUGGCAGACUCCUAUCUCAGAUGAGGAAUUGGAGGACCUGACCACCGUCGGCCGUCUUGAGUCGUACAAGCUGGGUACCGAAGUUCAUAUCCGCUACCCUGGCCUGAGGAACCCCAAGAAGGUCUGGACAUCGACGGCUGAGCGCACAGAGCUCAGUUCAAAGUCCUUCAUCGAGGGUCUUAUUACCCAGAGUAAUGAGACGGAGAGAGUCACCAUCUCUGAGGAUCAGUCCGAAGGCGCCGAUUCUUUGACACCCUACAAGGGCUGCCCCAAGUACAGCUCUUCGUACGGCAGCGAGCAGUCCGGGGAGUUUCAGAAGAUCUACACAGCACCUAUCAUCGAGCGGUUCCGCGCAUAUGCCCCCAGCUUCAAUUGGACGGCUAACGACAUUACGGCUAUGCAGCAGCUGUGCGGUUACGAGACAGUCAUCCGUGGGGAGUCUCCCUUCUGCGACCUCGACCUCUUCAGCGCAGAUGAGUGGCUGCAGUUCGAGUACAUGAACGACAUCCAGUACUUCUACAACACCGGUUAUGGCAAUGAGAUCUCCGGCGUGCUCGGCUACCCCUGGCUGAAUGCGACAGCGCAACAGUUGCUCGCCGACAACUCCACCCAGGACCUGUACGUCUCAUUCACCCAUCGCGAGCUACCGCCUACUGUCGCCGUUGCGCUCGGUAUCUUCAACAACACCGAGUGGGCGGGUGCCGCAAACGUCAACGGCACCAUGCCGCUCAACAAGAUCAACUAUCAGCGUGCCUGGAAGUCCUCGCGCAUCCUGCCGUUCCUGACCAACAUGGCGAUUGAGAGGCUUGAAUGCGACAGCUACGGCUACCCUGCCGGAACAUAUGUUCGUGUCCUUGUCAACCAGGACCCGCAGCAGCUCGAGUGCGCCGUUGGACCUGGCGGUAGCUGUUCGGAGGGCUCGUUCGCGGAGUUUAUUCAGCAGCGAGGCGAGAUGUUCGGUGGGUACACUGAGAAGUGUGCGCCGACUGACUACAACAACUCGACCGACAUCUUGACUAUUUACAACUAGAUUGGCGAGUCGACAUGAUACCCUAAUGAUAAUGCCUUUUGUAUUACGAAUGCUUGUUGGGACUGUUGCAGAAUUACCCCUCACUCCAAGAGAACAGUUGUUCGGUCGUGUAGCCAUCUAAGUGACAUUACCGGGACCAAAAUACCGCGUGAUCUUCAGUAACUCAGAGUGGAAGAAGGACAAGUGGCGCCCACGCGAGGCCACGCGAGUGGUGGGCGCGUGCACGUGCAAUCAUGUGCGCUAGCGUCAGGUCACGUGGGUCAGCCCGUAUCAACAAAAAUCUUUAAAGAUUUCAACACCUU